AUGGCAAAGGAUCUCAUCGGCGAACAUGUUUCUGAGAGGCAAUGCAAGCUUGCUGUAAACGCACUGCUUGAGCAUGUCCGAAAAAUCGAGGAGAAGAAAGCUGAAAAGGAGCUCCUUCCAGGCAAGGAGCAGAAUGUCUGGUUCGUGGUCACUGUGAAGCAGAUGCACCCAGAGAAGAAGCCGAAGCCUUACAAAAUACCCAUUGCGCACCCUCUCGUCGAUCCUCGCACGUCAUCAGUCUGCCUCAUCACGAAGGACCCACAGCGGGAGUACAAGGAUCUCCUUGAGUCACAUGGCAUUCGCUUCAUCUCGCGAGUUGUCGGCAUUACGAAGCUGAAGGGGAAAUUCAAGCCGUUCGAGGCUCGGAGACUGCUUCUGAAGGAGAAUGGCUUGUUCCUUGCCGACGAACGAGUCAUACCAUUACUCCCGGGCUUACUUGGCAAAAAGUUCUUCGAGGCUAAGAAGCAGCCAAUUCCCGUUUCCCUGACCAAGAAAGAUCUCAAGGGCGAGCUUGAGCGCGCUAUCUCAUCUACCUAUUUCCACCAAAACCAGGGGACAUGCACCUCUGUCAAGAUUGGCGCCCUAUCUCAGACUCCUGCACAGAUUCUCGACAACCUUAAGAUGGCACUCCCAGCCAUCGUCAAGAAUAUCAAGGGCGAAUGGGAUAACAUCCAAAGCAUACAUAUCAAAACAAAUUCAUCCGCGAGUUUGCCCAUAUGGAGCUGCAACUUGGGCGAUGAGGAGGGUGCCCGGUGGGACGGCCUGACUGCGCGGGAGUCUGCGGGCGAGGACAGCGGGGAUGAGACCGAGAGUGAAGAGAAAGAGGAGGCCGCGGAGUCGACCAAAAAAUCAUCCGCUGCAUCAAAGAAGACGAGCGUGGUGGUUGAUGUCGUCGAGUCGUCGCAGGAGAAGAGCAAGGGGAAGAAGCGCGCGGCCGAGGACGACACCACCAAGCCUCAAAAGAAAAUAAAAGCGUCACCGGCGCAGGAAACCCCUAUCAAGUCAAAGAAAGCCACCCCCGCUGCAAAAAGCAUCAGCAGUAAGCUCGCCGCGCCGAACGCGGUGGCGUCGGACGUCCCGUCAAAGAAAUUGAAGAAGGGUAAAGCGGAAGGAGAAGCCAAGAAGACCGAGUCGUCCGCGACGCCUGCGGCCAGCACGUCAGCGCAGGCACACGCAGCACCCGCACCCGCAGGCGAUGGAGGCGCGCCUAAGAAGAAGUCCAAGGGCAAGUCUGUGGCUGAUACAGGCGUGUCGUCACAGCCUGUUGUCGAGUCUACAGCGCUCGCAGAUGACAGAUCAGCGGCGGAGCCCCGCGACCCUGCUACGCCCGCGGCUGCGCGGAAGAAGAAAGCGCGCGCGUCGGCGGUCGACUUCUUCGAGGACGGCCCUGCGCCGCCGCCCAACACGCCGGCCGAUGCAAGUGCGGCGAAAAAGAAGAAGGCGAAGACGGUCGAGGUGACACCACUUAGCAAGGCUAUUGCGCAGCUCGCGGACGAGGGGAGUGCUGCACCCGAGACGCCGCUCCCGAAGAUCAGGAAACGGAAGGGGGAUGCCGCGUCUGCCGCUCACGCUGACAAAGGCACCCCUACGUCGGCGUCGGCGGAGACGGGUGGAUUAUCAAUGGACGACUUGAAGAAGAAGCGCGCACUGUCGGGGACGGAGAAGAAAAAGGGAAAGGUCGUGAACAGCUCGCCCGCUGCCAAGAGUGCGAAGAGCGCGAUUGUUGGCAAGAAGCGGCUCUAA